CAGCUGACUAGGUUAGUUAACUACCAACUGAACCAAUACAUAUGUAUAUAUAUACACACACACACACACACACAUACACAUAUAUACACACACACAUAUAUACAUACACACAUACAUACAUACAUAAAAGCACUGCUGCCAAACUAGACUUGAAGACUAUUGAGCAAGUCUCCUUUGUCGCCCUCAAUUCGAGGGGGUCGGCGGCCAGCUCCUGUUGUGGGCUUUCUAGAGUUCGAGCCUCGCAAGGCUUGGCACACAUGACACCUUCAGCCCGGCGGCUUAUGCGAUGAGUCAAUCGGCGUCGUGCGAAGUGCCGUGUGACAGCACAUUCGCCCACUUACUAUAUAUUCACCCGCGAGUUCUGCUCGCGUGCAACUGAUAAAAGGGGUGGGCGCCAUGCCCAAAACCGCCUUACCACCAGCAUGUCGUCGAUUGCAAGCAGAAUCUACGAUGCAAGCCCCCACAACCACGAGCUGCUCUCAAGACUCGCGGAAACUCGCUUUGCAAUAAGAGACCUGGAUAUACACGAAACUCGCAUCGCCGAGAUUGAUGCAGACCUGUUGGCUGCAAAGCAGCGGGUUCGUCAAUUGGACGAGAAGCGCGAGUCAGACCUGAAGAGACACACCUCCUACCGCGACAGCGUCGUCAAGAAGCUCGCCUAUCGACUGAGCGGACAGAGUCGCGAAUUUGCUUUUCGUGCACAGAGCGGCCAACAGGAGUACUUUGAUGUGUUGCAGCAAGAGCAACAGGCCAAAGAAGAGGAAGACAGGAUCUCGGCCCGAAGGCAUGAGGCACUCGCGACUCGGGGCAUGUUAAAGGCAGCUGUAGAGCGCCACAACCAAGCUCAAUCCGAACUCGACGUGCUCUACGACAGUAUUUUCCACGGCCCGAAUCCAGAAUUUCCCGAAGAGGAUGAGUUUGAAAGGCAGGCUGAAGCAGCGUUGCAUACUUAUCACUGCGCUGAAAUGAAGACACAGACUGCUUGCAGACUCCUCGACAAAUUGACGACAGCGAGACAGAAAGCGGACCAUGCGCUGGGCGAGAUUAUCGAAGCUCUCAAAGGCGGCCAACUUUCCUCGAGCACCGUUGAGAGGAAGAGGCUUGAAACUGCCGACUUGGAGCUUAAGAGCAUGCGCCAGUUGAUGGCGGAAGCACAGGCAAUAUUGCCUACAAUCAACACCUUGCCGCCAGUCGAUAUCCGUUUCAAGCUCCUGACGAGUGAUGUGUACGAUAAUCCCUGGAGUACGAUGGCCCUCCAUGAUAUGAUGAGGGGGUGGAGGUCUGGGACCCAGGCUUGUGUGGAUGAGAUUCAAAAGGAACUGGUCAAGGCUAGAUCACGAUAUGAUGAAGCCUUUGAGAAUGCCAAGGCCAGGUCAAGCGUUUUGAGGACAGUCAAGGAUGAGUUGCAAUCAUGCAGAUCUGAGAUAUUCGCCAUUGUGAGGUCCGCCACCAUCGAUGGAGGAGACAGUGAGAGCCCACCACCUUAUUGAAACAAAUGGGAAACAUUUUGUGCAAUUAUACAUCAUUGAGAGCAUGGUUAGUGUUAUGGAAAGGUUUACUACAUACUGUAAUGUCUAUUUGGAGCUUUGAAAAAUAUGUGGGGAAGGGUGGGUAAUACAGGUUGUUGUACUUCAGUAUGAAUUCUGAGGCAUGUCAACCAUUCAGGAUAUGGUCGCAACAGUUCACAUGACUCGGUCUUUAUUAUUCUGAGUUGGCAACGAUAUUUCACACAUUGUCAGCUGGACCAAACGACAACAAUCCUUGAUGACCACAGUUGCAAUCCCACAAGGAUGUAUGCAGACAUCGCCCACGUCACCUAUGCCAGAG